ACGUAAAGUUGAGCGAGCGGUUGUCUGGCUCCAUGUCUGCCCCUGCUCCAGCCAGUCGGAGGUCUGCGUCGGGUUCUCGUCGGUUUGACUACUGCAGAUUCAUAGAGCUAGAUUAUGUUCCCAUGGAGACAGGCUAUAUGGUCUCAAUGCGUCCAACUAAAGGCUAUGCAUCGACCAAGUCUCCGACUAAAGGAUACACCUCUACGAAGUCAUCGGACCGCCACAACCGCUCGACAAACUCUCCCUCCACCCCACGUUCCCGGCGGACGCCGGCUGCACCCACCAGCAAUGAUCCCUGCUGCAACGUCUCCGCCAGCAGUGGCAGCAACUCCGGCUCAUGUAAAGGCAAUGAAUGCAGCCCCAGCAAAGGGCGUCAGAAGUAUACAUCAUGUACAGACAACCAUGGCAUCCGUCCUCCUCCUCCAGAGCAGUACCUUACACCCCUCCAGCAGAAGGAAGUGUGCAUUCGACACCUGCGAGCCAAACUUAAAGAGACUGUCAAUACACUGCAGGACAGGGACACGGAGAUCGACGAAUUGCGAACUCAGCUUUAUCGCAUGCAGGAAGACUGGGUUGAGGAGGAAUGUCACCGCGUGGAGGCUCAGUUAGCCCUGAAAGAAGCUCGUCGGGAGAUCCAGCAGCUAAAGCAGGCUGUAGACACUGUUCGAGCCAGGCUUAGUGAUGCUGGUGGGAUGAGUGGGGACGUAGGUGUCCAGAAGUACUUCCAGGACAUCAACACUCAGAAUCACAAGCUGGAGAACCUUUUGCUUAAUAUGGAGUUGGCCCAGGCAGGAUUAGCCAAGGAAGGAGAAGCCAUAUCAGGCUGUAGGACUCGUGUUGGGGGUUCAGCACCAGCAUCUGUUUCAGGAGAAAGUCCUGGGGUUGUUCCUAAACUUACAGUGGGAGGGAGGGGGUCUUGCUCUUGUGAUGGCUCUCCAGCCCGGUCUUUGACUAGGAGCUCCACCUACACCAAGCUGAGCGACCAGGCACUGGCAGACCGGAAUGAAAAUGGUACAGAUUUUCCUUGCUUGUCAGGGGAUGGUACCCAGGACAGUGGCUUUGUGUGCUGCGGGGAAACAAGCAUUCCCAGCCGGGCUGACUUGCUGCUGGAGGCCGCCUACCUCUCAGAGGAAACAGCAUCUUUACUUAACUCCUACACUCAUACCUUCUCCCAUUCUUUGCCUCAUUCUAUUCCCCCCUCUCAGCCUCACACCUUCUCUCAUACCUUACCUCAUUCAUUCCCUCAUAUGUCCCACGCAGUGCCGCAAACCAUGCCACAUUCCUCUACCUAUGAGAAGCUCUGCACAGGUGAUCGUCUGACAUCGUUUCGUUGUGGUCUUGGUGGCAUGAACUGCAUGAACCACCCGUGCCUGUCCCAUCACCACUUGUACCUACACCCACUAAGGGAGGCAGGCAUUCAGACUGAGAGCUGCCCCAUCCCUUCAACAGCUGGGUAUCCCUCUGAUUUAGACACGAUUGCAGAGCAACGCACCUUUCGCUCUCAGGCCUGCAGCCCCACCUCCACUUGGAUGUCUGAUGUGGAAGAGGACUUGGACUCCAUUACCACCACAACUUCAAUAACUACAGCCACUGUCAUGAGUACAGCUACAGAGCCAAUUCCAGUGUGCAAAACCCCACUGGUUCCUCUUUUACCCCGCUCUGCCACAGUGGAAUGUUCCAUGGAGAGUCCACUGUACAGGGAAACUGAAAAACCUGAGGAGGAGGAAAAGCAGGAGAAGGAGAAAAAAGAGAAAGACAAUUCUUUGAAAGUGGAGCAGGUGGAAACAAUUGUUAUUAAGCAAACAGGAAAGGACCUUCAGGCAGAGGAAUGUUUCAUGGGAGAUAUGGUGGGGAUAGAUGAAGUGUCUGGAGAAGCAGAAGCCCUACGAAAAGGUUGCAAUUUAGCUGAAAACUCAACAAGAACACAAGCAGAGCUUAAGUAUGUUGGAUGCUGUGGAGAAGGCAGAUCGGAUAAGACAACAGUCAAAAGUCAAGGAGAAGAAGUCAGGCAGGAAGAGGAUGGUUUAUCAGCGCUCUCAAGAAAGCCAGAGACGUCUGAACUGAGUCCAGAUUGCACCAGACUAUCUCCAGGCGAACAGCAACCUCACACAUCCCAACCACCAAGGAGAUCUACGUCCCAUGAGGAAAUAGCAGGUGUCACAGUUGUGGAAGUCAAUGAUGAGGACGACGAGGACAAUGAUGAAGGUAAAACGAAAGAACAAGGGGCCACAGGGGGCAUCGCAGCAGAGGACGAAGACUCAUCCAAGGUUCAGAAAAGUUACUGGAGUCGUCACUUCUUGGUUGAUCUACUGGCAGUGGCCAUCCCUGUGGUGCCAACUGUGGCAUGGCUCUGUCGCGGUCCGGUCCGCGGUGGACAGCCCAUGUAUCACAUCGGGUCACUGCUCAGAGGCUGCUGCACUGUGGCACUGCACUCUCUUCGUAGGGGAGGAGGUUUGAGGCAUUAUCCCGCAGGCGGGGGAGACCUUGGGGGGUCACAAAUAUAGCAGUGCACCACCUCUUGUAUGGUCCUCAACUACUGAACGGCUUCACCAGUUCUGGGUUGGACUUGUUUGCAGCAAAAUGCAAGGAAAGGAAGAGUGAGAACUUCCUGUCCAGCUGUUUUAGAAGUUAUUUAGCAAAAGGGCAUUUAAGAAGUAGAGCUAGGACUGAUUAACUCUGCUCCUCA